UCCUGCACCUUCUCCUUCUAAAAAGGCCUUUCCCUUUUGCAUUUUGCUUCAGAAUUUAAAAAAUAACCUUUCUCUCUCUCUGCGAAUGGCUGAGAGAAGAAAGCAAAACUAUAGAGUCGUUGGAGUUUUAAAAUUUGUUUUGCUAUUUAUUGCAGUAUGCCGAACGACGGCGUACGACCGGGAGAGGCAGACAACGACGAAGACAACAGAGCACAGAAAUGCUUAUGCGACGAUGAUGUACAUGGGAACUCCAAGGGACUACGAGUUCUAUGUGGCGACACGUGUCUUGAUCAGAUCGCUCGCCAAGCUCCGAGUCGAUGCUGAUCUCGUCGUCAUUGCGUCUCUCGACGUCCCCAUCCGUUGGGUUCGAGCUCUGGAACAGGAAGAUGGCGCGAAAGUGGUGAGAGUGGAAAAUCUGAAGAAUCCGUACCAGCAUCAGGCCAAUUUUGAUAGAAGGUUCAAGCUAACAAUGAACAAGCUGUAUGCGUGGAGUCUAGUGGAGUAUGAUCGAGUGGUCAUGCUUGAUUCUGAUAAUAUUUUCCUCAACAAGACAGAUGAACUAUUCCAAUGUGGACAAUUUUGUGCUGUUUUCAUUAACCCCUGCAUCUUCCAUACUGGCCUCUUUGUGUUGCAGCCAUCGAUGGAGGUGUUCAAGGACAUGACUCAUGAAUUGGAAAUUGGUAGAGAAAACCCAGAUGGCGCGGACCAAGGUUUUAUAUGUGGCUAUUUUCCUGAUUUGCUUGAUCAUCCGUUGUUCCAUCCACCUAAUAACGGCACCAAACUCAAUGGAACUUACAGACUUCCUCUGGGCUACCAAAUGGAUGCUUCUUACUAUUAUCUGAAACUGCGCUGGAGUGUACCGUGUGGACCAAACAGCGUGAUCACUUUCCCUAGCGCACCAUGGUUGAAGCCGUGGUAUUGGUGGUCGUGGCCCGUUUUGCCAUUGGGCAUUUCCUGGCAUGAACAUCGUCGUCAAACUCUUGGGUAUAGUGCCGAGAUACCGGUGGUCCUGAUCCAGUCACUAAUAUACCUGGGAAUAAUAGCAAUGACCCGUCUAGCAAGACCCAAUACGUCUAAGCUCUGCUACCGGCGGGUUGAUAAGAACAUCAGUUUGAUACAAAAUGCCCUCAAAUUAGUGGCAAUUUGGUUCAUCAUUGCCGCAUAUUUUAUACCAAUUUUCAUUAUCCCUCACACGGUUCAUCCACUUCUGGGUUGGACUCUAUACCUGCUUGGCUCAUUUGCAUUUUUAUCCAUCACAGUCAAUGUCUAUCUGCUGCCAAUGCUUCCUGUUUUGGUUCCUUGGUUCGGGAUCUUUGGUGCUCUUUUGGUCAUGGCGUGUCCUUGGUACCCUGAUGGUGUUGUGAGAGCUUUGGUCGUGUUUGGCUAUGCUUUUUUUUGUUCACCGUUUGUAUGGGUAUCUUUGGUCAAGAUCAUGAGUUGUCUCCAAGUCUCACUUGAAAGAGAAGCUUUUUUGCCAAGGUUGGGCGAGUCCUCACCCCCGCCGGGGUUUAACAAGCUAUAUUAGGAUUAGGAUUGGAGAAGAUAUGUUAUUGAGACCCUAGAUGGGCUUGAAGAGGAUUCUUUUGAUUGAUUUUUGCCACAUUUCUGAAUUUGAUCUCCGUGAAGGUUAGAAAAAGCUAUGGAAGGUCUUGGCAGUGCACGGUGUCGAUAUGUUCUAAAUUUUUGUACCAUAACUUUCACUGAUAUUUACUUGAUUAAGCAAGAUGAGCACUUCUCCUUGCUGUGACACAAGCAAAUAAAAUUUGUAAUUAUGUUAGACUCGAGAUUGGACUUUUAUUACAUGGUUGAGAUUGAUCAAAAACCGAUUCAAAAGUAUCCUAAAAUAAAAAGUAAUGUUACGGUAGCAACUUUGUUUACUCGUUUCCCCCAUCAACAAUAUAUAAAAAUAAAGAAAGGGUUAUUUGCA